CUUAUAAAUAGACAAAUUUUAUCCAUCUCUUUAAUUCUAUAAACCAGUAUACAUACAAACUGGAAGAGAUUACACGAAUAUGGCUUGUCUAGUUGGAACAUGGAAAGCAGAUCAACCUGUUGGACUUCAAAAUGUUAUGGAUAAAUUAGGUAUUGAUUAUGAAAAGCAAAAGUUAUUUUUAACAGCCAAGCCAAUAUUCACAUUUACACUGAUUGGAAAUGAUUCUAUGAAGGUUAAAAUUGACUCAGAGAUAAGAAAUUCAGAAUUUUCAUUCAAAUUUGGUGAAGAAUUCAAUGAGAAAACAGUUCUUGGUUCAAUAUGUAAAGCUGUGUUCUGGAGAAUAUCUGACAACGAAAUUAUUCAUAUACAAAGACUACCUGAAGGUAUUGUUGAAGUGGAUCACAAGGUGGACGGGAACACAAUGAUUGCGACCGUCUAUGUGGCUGACACAAUGUGUACUCAACAAUUUCAUCGUCAAUAAUUCUUAUCAUCAUUAUCAUUGUUGUGACUGUUAUUACAGUCUUAAUUAGUCAGCCAUUCAGCAAUAAAACAUGCACCUCUGUAGAAGUUAGUUGAAUAAACAUUCAUAAUAUUAC